AUGGCUAAUAACAGCCUCUUUAAAUUGGGAGAAAGUAAGACAAGAGGACACAAGUUGAAACUGUCAAGAAAUCAGUUGAAAAAUUGUCAGGAAAUAGUCUACGGGCGGUCAAGAAAUGGACAGAAAGAAGAAGUUGUUGAAGCGACCUCAAUCCACAACUUUAGGGCCAAAUUUGACAAGGACUUUGAGUCAAUUGUCCGCCCGUCCUACCCAAGUCGUGACUUAUCUCCUUGGACCCCAAACAGACCAAGACUCAUUCAGACCAAGACAUUCAGACCAAGACUCAUUCAGACCAAGACUCAUUCAGACCAAGACAUACAGACCAAGACUCAUUCAGACCAAGACAUUCAGACCAAGACAUACAGACCAAGAUUCAUACAGACCAAGACUCAUACAGACCAAGACAUUCAGACCAAGACAUACAGACCAAGAUUCAUACAGACCAAGACUCAUACAGACCAAGACAUUCAGACCAAGACAUACAGACCAAGACUCAUACAGACCAAGACAUACAGACCAAGACUCAUUCAGACCAAGACAUACAGACCAAGACAUUCAGACCAAGACAUACAGACCAAGACUCAUUCAGACCAAGACAUACAGACCAAGACUCAUACAGACCAAGACCCAUACAGACCAAGACUCAUUCAGACCAAGACAUACAGACCAAGACUCAUUCAGACCAAGACAUACAGACCAGGACUCAUACAGACCAAGACUCAUUCAGACCAAGACUCAUUCAGACCAAGACAUACAGACCAAGACAUACAGACCAAGACUCAUUCAGACCAAGACAUUCAGACCAAGACAUUCAGACCAAGACAUACAGAUCAAGACUCAUUCAGACCAAGACAUACAGACCAAGACUCAUUCAGACCAAGACAUACAGACCAAGACUCAUUCAGACCAAGACUCAUACAGACCAAGACAUUCAGACCAAGACAUACAGACCAAGACUCAUUCAGACCAAGACAUACAGACCAAGACUCAUUCAGACCAAGACUCAUACAGACCAAGACAUACAGACCAAGACUCAUACAGACCAAGACUCAUUCAGACCAAGACAUACAGACCAAGACUCAUUCAGACCAAGACAUACAGACCAAGACUCAUUCAGACCAAGACUCAUACAGACCAAGACAUACAGACCAAGACUCAUACAGACCAAGACUCAUUCAGACCAAGACAUACAGACCAAGAGACAUACAGACCAAGACAUACAGACCAAGACAUUCAGACCAAGACAUACAGACCAAGACUCAUUCAGACCAAGACAUUCAGACCAAGACAUACAGACCAAGACAUUCAGACCAAGACAUUCAGACCAAGACAUACAGACCAAGACAUUCAGACCAAGACAUACAGAAACCCACAUAA